UUGUAGCGCGGGUGCCCGAGCGACCGAGCGAGUACACGAGCCCGCGCGGCGCCGCGCCGAGAGCGAUGCGAGGGCAGCAGCGAGCCUGCCAGCUCCCUCUGACCCUCUUGACCGCCGUGACGUGUCGAAACCCGAGCGCUCAUCGCGCUGCCCGAUCAGAGAGGGACUGUAGACGUGCAGACCAAUCUCCGUCGCAAAGAAAUCGUCGCAUGUUUCAAAUCAGAUUACGUCCUAAUUAGUCUUAAAUUUUACCGUGUCGACAAAAGUAAGUUCAGGUCGUGAGUUUUGUGCUGAUCAGAGAAUAGUGAAUUAGGAGCUAUAAUCUCCGAGUACGAUGACCGCCGCAACGUUUUGUGUAUCGAUGCACGUGUAGUGCGGACCGCGAAGGUGAGCGCUGGACGAAAGAGCUCACGUAAACAUCAGGUAUCGAUCGACGUUCGUCUUCGCUGCUUCGUUACACCAUGAAAAUAUAUUUUCUUUCCGGUUGCGGUUUGGCUCGAUGCUCUCCGCAAAACCAAAGUCCUUGCUUAAAAAGAGGUCAAAGAGCGCGCGCGUGACGCGGGGGCGGAAGACACGCGCGGCAUGCCGGGCGGCCGGCGGGGGCUCGUGGCCCCGCAGAACACCUUCCUCGAGAAUAUCAUCCGCCGCUCGUCCUCACAGCCAGACAGCAGCUUCCUGUUGGCCAACGCGCAGAUCGUAGACUACCCCAUCGUAUACUGCAACGAAACUUUCUGCAAAAUGAGCGGCUACAACCGCGCAGAGGUCAUGCAGAAGUCUUGCCGCUGCACGUGGAUGUACGGCGAGCUGACAGAGAAGGAGGCGGUGGAGCGCGUGGACCGCGCGCUGGACCACCACCUCGCGGACCAGUUCGAAAUACUACUAUAUAAGAAGAACCGCACGCCGCUGUGGCUGCUGGUACACGUGGCGCCUAUCCGCAACGAGCGCGAGUUGGUGGUCCUGUUUCUGCUCACUUUCCGCGACAUCACUGCACUUAAGCAGCCUAUCGACGCCGACGACCCCAAGGGAGGUCUGUCGAAGUUCGCAAAAUUGGCGCGCAGCGUGACGCGCUCGCGCUCGGUGCUGGUGUCGGCGCUGCCCGCGCUCAAGGAGCCGGCGCGCCAGAGCCAGCUCGCGCAUGUCAGUACCAACGCACACCAUGUGAUGUCGCUGUCGGGCGACGUGCUACCGCAGUAUCGGCAGGAGGCUCCUAAGACUCCACCGCACAUCCUGCUGCACUACUGCGCCUUUAAGGCGAUCUGGGACUGGAUCAUACUUUGCCUCACGUUUUACACCGCCAUCAUGGUCCCGUACAAUGUUGCCUUUAAAAACAAGACUAGCGAGGAUGUUUCUCUUCUCGUCAUCGAUUCUAUUGUUGACGUUGUGUUUUUCAUAGACAUUGUACUUAAUUUUCACACAACGUUUGUGGGACCCGGCGGUGAGGUAGUCAGCGACCCUAAAGUUAUCCGCAAGAAUUACUUCAAAUCGUGGUUCCUUAUUGACCUGCUCUCCUGCCUGCCUUAUGAUGUCUUUAACGCGUUCGACCACGACGAAGAUGGUAUAGGCAGUCUGUUCAGCGCGCUGAAGGUAGUACGGCUGCUACGGCUGGGGCGUGUGGUGCGGAAGCUGGACCGCUACCUCGAGUACGGCGCGGCGAUGCUCAUCCUACUGCUGUGCUUCUACAUGCUGGUUGCACACUGGCUCGCCUGCGUCUGGUACAGCAUCGGCCGCUCCGAUGCUGACUCCGGCCUCCAGUACUCCUGGCUGUGGAAACUAGCUAACGUCACCCAGAGCCCCUACUCGUACGUCUGGUCGAAUGAGUCCGACGGACCCGAGCUAGUUAACGGGCCGUCGCGCAAGACCAUGUACGUCACCGCCCUCUACUUCACUAUGACCUGUAUGACCUCCGUGGGCUUCGGCAACGUCGCCGCCGAGACCGAUAACGAGAAGAUCUUCACCAUCUGCAUGAUGAUCGUAGCAGCCCUGCUUUAUGCGACGAUAUUCGGACACGUGACCACCAUCAUACAGCAGAUGACGUCCGCGACGGCUAAGUAUCAUGACAUGCUCAACAACGUUCGGGAGUUCAUGAAACUACACGAGGUUCCUAAAGCGCUCAGCGAGCGCGUCAUGGACUACGUGGUCUCCACGUGGGCGAUGACCAAGGGCCUCGACACGGAUAAGGUGCUGAAUUACUGCCCAAAAGAUAUGAAAGCCGAUAUUUGCGUGCAUCUAAAUCGCAAAGUUUUUAACGAGCACCCGGCCUUUCGCCUCGCGUCGGACGGGUGUCUGCGCGCGCUUGCAAUGCACUUUCACAUGUCGCAUUCGGCGCCCGGCGACCUGCUGUACCACACCGGCGAGUCCAUCGAUUCACUUUGCUUCAUCGUCACCGGCAGUCUCGAAGUCAUUCAGGACGACGAGGUGGUAGCGAUACUCGGCAAAGGUGACGUAUUUGGAGACUCGUUCUGGAAAGACAGUGCAGUGGGCCAGUCCGCGGCCAACGUACGCGCGCUCACCUACUGCGACCUACACACUAUUAAGCGCGACCGCCUACUCGAGGUUCUCGAUUUCUAUCAGGCGUUCGCAAACAGUUUUGCUAGAAAUCUCACGCUGACUUACAAUUUGCGGCACCGUUUAAUAUUUCGAAAGGUGGCGGACGUCCGACGUGAACGUGAGCUGAUGGAACGGCGAAAACGAGAGCCACAGCUGGAGCAGGCGCAGGACCAUCUCGUGCGCAAGAUCUUCUCGCGUUUUCGUCGCGAGCGCAGCGUGGCCGCCACCCCCGCCCCCGCGCCUGCACGCGCGCCCUCUCUCGUCGCGCCACCGCCGGACGCCGAGCGCGGCGACGGUACCUCAGCCGACACAUUCAUCAGCUCGCCCGCCCGCCACUCGUUCUCGUUCGGUACUAGGAGUACUUGUUUAGGUACGAGCACUACGAGUGCGUCAAACGGCGCCGCAGAGGAGAGCAAGACGGCCCCCAGCGGGGGCACGGCGGCGGCUCGCGGCAAGUGGGGCCGACUGCUGGCGGGUGGCUCACUGGACGCGCCCGACGCGCCGCGCGCCGCCUUCACGCGCUCGCUCAGCGCCCGCGACCGCUCCGCGCCGCCCGACGCCGCCGGUGUGGCCGCCCUCUCGCUCAAGACGACAUUUGGACGAGGACGAGCUGGGAGUGUAUUAGGAGCGGCGGCACGCCGAGAACCUAUAGACGAAGAAACCGAUGACCGAAAAGUUACCCCAGCACCGGCUCCAGCAUCAACUCCAGCAGCUGCGCCCACCACGCCUGCGCCGUCACCCGCUCCCGCUGCCGCACCCGUUCCCGCUCCUGUUGCCGCUCCCGUUCCCGCGCCUCCGCUGCCAGCUCCUACCGUGUCCUCGUCGCACGACGCCGCAUUGGCGGAAUUACGGCGUGACGUACGAAACGAAGUCCAACGACUUCAACAAAAGUUGGGUCGAGUCGAAGAUCUUUUGACGAUGCUCGCGGCGCGCCUCGGGGCCGACCCUAGCGACACGACCGCCGACCCCGCCGAGCGCGCCGAGCGGAACGAGCGUCUGGAGCGUUCGGAGCGCGCGGACCGCAGCGAUCGUGGCGAACGAACCGAGCGCACCGAAAGGCUCGACAGAACUGACUCCGCCGCGCUCGCCAGGAAACGACGCACUAAGGCACGGAGCAAAGGUGCCGCCCCUCAGGUUCCGACGCCGACGACGCCGGGCGAGUCCCCGGGCAGCCCGGCGGGCGCGGCGGCGCGAAGGCGCGACUUCGUGUAGCGCGCGGCGGCGGGAGGCGCGCCGCAGUAGCGUGCCGCCCGCCCGCGCCACCUCCCCCGCGCCCUCCCCCGUACCCGCCGACCCCUCGCGCGACGAGUGCUACGUUCCGAUCGUCGAUCGAAGGCCACUCCAGGAGCGCGCGACUACCGACUCCUUCACGGAGUCGUCGAGGUUCAUGCGCUCCUUGGCUCGUUAUUCGAAUCGAAGAAGUCGAUGGGCGUCGUUUAUGGAAAUAAUGUUCGAGUUGUGUCACGUAUCGCCGACUUGCCACGUUGUCGAUUGGUUGACGUUGUUCGUAGCGUUUCGGACUCUGUUGGAGAUGAUCGCCUUUCGUCUAAUGAGUGACUCUUUUAUUUAGACUGGUUUAGUUCGUCAUUACUUGUAAAGAGAAACGACGUUUCGGAGGAGUCGAACGCCGAGCGGUGGAGGUCGUGUUGAGUGUUGUUUUACUAUCUACUGCAAAAUUUGUAACUAUUCAAUAUACGAGUACAGUGAUUGUUUCGUCAGACUGAUAAGAAUUUUUUUCCGAAUAAAUGAAGCCUUGUUAGUUUUUUUAAAUGCUUUAUUCUACAAUUUAUUACAAAAUAAGAAUGUUUGAAUACUGCCGUUUACUCUGAAGCAGCCACGUCCACCGCCGGGCGCCGCUCGCGCACGGUACGACGUACGACGUACGACGUAUGUAUGAUGUAUAUAAGAGAGCGAGUUCACGCUGCAAGUACGCUUUAAGCGGCGAGCGGGCGCGGUCUGCGUCCGCUGCCUGCACUGUUGUAUAGCAAUAUGUUAACCGAUAUUAUAUAGUUUGUACUUAGGAGUUUGUAAAAAUAUAUAAAUAAAUUAUAUACACUUAAUAUAAUAAUUAUAAAGCGAUACUCUUUCACGAUUUGUUUCACUAUGACUUUAACAUGAUCACACAAACGACCAAAUAUUUUCUUACGAUUACGCGUUGUAUACAUAAACUAUUGCAGAUUUUGAAUCUAUCAUAUUUUUAUGGGUACGCUUCGAAACACGAGUUAAUUAGUAGAUUAUAUAAAAUAUCGAUUGAACUUGAAAUGUAUCGAGCAAUCGAGUAGACUACCACACAUUUGUAUUUCCGAUGUCUAUCGAUCGAAGUCGCCUUGUUAUUGUAUAAGAAGUUUAUUUCAAUAGAUUUGUAUUUAUUGUAAAUUAGAGACUCAUUCGUAAUACAUAUCUAAGUAAAAUGGCGCAAUACUGUCAACCGUAACGCAUCGCUUACGAGGAAUGUGGUGUUAACUAGCGACGGGUUGGUCGCGACGAGAGCGACGUUGCGCUGUCGUCUCGACCAGCGAGUCCGUUCCCAGCGAUUCCUCGUAAGCUUUAUAAAACCGUGCGGAGUUAUUCAGGACAAUCAGCGACACCACCGUCCCAGCGCCUGUUGUUUAUUAUGAUUGUUUAUGCGUUGUUAAUGUUUUUAAAUUUUAUUAUUAAAUUAAUUAUUAUAUCGGCGCGUUGACGCCGCGAGGUCGCGAGCCCACCGAUGCGUGUGUUGUGUGCUGUGACCUGUGUCGGGGGCCCGGGGACUAUUUCGGGGCCCCGGGCCCAGCGGCCGUGGGCGGCGACCUACGUGGCGCUCGUUCCAAGCGCACCAACGAUCGUAACUAACGUAUAUAUAGGCUAUAGGCGGACCGCAGAGUCCCACGCUAAGCCGCUGCUCCUAUUGUCUUUUUAAUGAGAAAUAUAUCGAC